AUGGCCAUGCUCGCCUCCAAGCCGUCGUAUUCGGCGCCCUCGCUGGGGUCGUCGGCUUCGCAAACAUCCACGCAAUACAGCGCCAGCGUGUCGAGCUACCGCAAUCAAGGUGCUGCCUCCCGGGCAGAUCAAUCGCUCUAUGCCUCGCCGACCGAGUCCGAGUUCUCCGAAGUAUACGAUGCCCCAGAUGCAGUCAGGCAUUGGGACGAGGAGAAGGUCGGCGACUGGCUGAAGCGCAUCAACUGUGCUCAAUAUGUCGAGCUGUUCAGGCAAAACAACAUCAACGGCGAGAACCUAAUGGAGAUGGACCAGACGCACCUGAAAGACAUGGGCAUCAAAAAGGUCGGCGACAGGGUUCGUAUCGGCUCGCAGGCGAAGCAGCUACGCAACAAAGAAUACAAGAAGGCUUCGAGACGGGUGUCAAAUAGGCAAUCCCUCGCCAUGCUGGACAACGCCGCAUACACCCCGCCCUCGUCUGCCUCACCUCGACCGUCGCAGCACUCUGCUCGCUCCGUCCCUUCUAGCUACCAAACUGCCUCGAAGCGCAUGUCUCGCCAAAUCAAUGCUUCUGAUCUAUCCUACAACUUCGGUGGUGCCAAGUCACCCUCACGCCCGAGUUCUCCUCUUGUCGAUCAAGAGAACCGUGGUGCGAGGCGCGAGCGUAAUUACGGUAUGACCAGCCCCCAGGACAACAAGAACUAUGCAUCUUCGUAUGGCAGUCAGCCCCUGAGCGCAGCCAACAGUGCGAUCAACAUGUCAUAUCGCAACCCGCGGACCACACCCACGGAGACACCCCAAACUGCCCGAUUCGCAAGCCACAUUCGGAACCAGAGCAUCUCUGAGAGUGCCACUAAUAGCGCCAUUUUACCAUCCGACAAGGCUGUGAUCCGCGUCAUCUACGACUCGGGUCGAUCGUCUGUAAUAAACAUCGAAGGCUGCAAAACUGCAGAUGAGAUCAUGCUCAAGACUUUGCGAAAGGGGCAGCUCAACGAGAGCCACCUCAAGAACUACUGCUUCUACAUCUUGGACGGACCGGAGCCGAAGUCUGAGCUGUGCCACAGACUGAGCGAUAUCGAAGUCAUUCGCCUGUGCAAAGAUUCCAACCGACACGAGAGAGGGCGUCUUAUCUUGCGGAAGAUACAUACUGGAGAGCCUGAAGAAGAUCAGUUGAAGGCGGCCGCAGGCAUCUACCAACAGCAGUAUCAACAACAAAACAUCCAACAGACGCAGAAUAUUAUCCUGCCGCAAAACGAGAGAAGUAAGAAGAAGAUCCAAGAGAUAACAGGAGAGUCGUUGGCUGCAGUCAGCUACCCGCUCUCGCCUACGUCAGCACGGGAGCGAGAACGACAUAUUCACUCUACCGCACAGCACCUGGAAGGACCGUCCAGAGCACAGGCCUUCGCGACGAGGGCGCGGAAGCUCAAGCAGUUCUACGGAGCUCGACCGCCGAGUGAGCUCAUCACUUCAGAUCUUACUUCAUAUUUUCCGGACGUGGAAAAGGAUGAGAUCGACAAGACCAUACGCAUGUCGAUCAGGAGGUCUCGCCGUCUUAGUCGGGCGGCUUCUCGUCUGUCCAUGGCAUCAAAUUUCAGUGUCGCUUCAAGUCUGAAGGACGCUCCACCUCUUCCAUCCAUAGCAGACAACUGGCUUCAGAACAACACCCAGGCACGCCCGUUGAGGCCACUUUCAGUCAUGCGUCUUGGCCUUCCUUCUCAAUCAGGUUAUCGGGAUUCGGUAGCAUCCUCCGUCCUAGAGCCACUCGAGGAAGAAUCGCCCCUCGAACCCAAUCGUAAAUCAUAUGUGUCUUUCGGCGGCGAGAGUACUACGGAGAGCCUUCAGGUCACCGACCCCGAAGGCCACACGACCAUGCAGUCUUACUUUGACGAUGGCGGUAGCAGCCUUGCCGGUAGCAGCGCUGGCAAUACCGAGGCAGGUGAUUCACUUAAUAAACGCCUCUCUGCGGCCAUUGCCGAGGAUGGUGAGGAGUACGAUGAUGAGCUCGCCGACUAUCUCGAGCAAGAUUCGUGGGAAAAUGUCAAGUACAUGAAGGGUGCUUUGAUUGGGCAAGGUUCCUUCGGUAGCGUCUACCUGGCGCUUCACGCCGUAACGGGCGAGCUAAUGGCUGUAAAACAAGUCGAACUCCCAUCAGCUUCUGGCACGGCCCAGACGGACCAGAGGAAGACCAACAUGGUGGAGGCGCUCAAACACGAGAUUGGCCUUCUCCGAGAUCUCAAGCACAAGAACAUCGUGCAGUACCUGGGGUCGAAUUCGGAUGAACAGCACCUGAACAUUUUCCUCGAAUAUGUUCCGGGUGGUUCCGUUGCCACCAUGCUUGUCAAUUACGGACCGUUGGGCGAAUCUCUCAUCCAAAACUUCGUACGCCAGAUUCUUCAGGGCCUGGUUUACCUUCACUCAAGGGAUAUCAUCCAUCGUGACAUCAAAGGGGCGAACAUUCUCGUCGACAACAAAGGCUCCGUAAAGAUUUCCGAUUUCGGUAUCUCCAAACGUGUCGAUACGUCCACCCUGCUCAACGGAGGAAAGAAAGGCGCCCAGCGUGUCUCUCUGCAAGGAUCAGUCUUCUGGAUGGCACCCGAGGUUGUUCGACAGACUGCGUACACCCGAAAAGCAGACAUCUGGUCACUCGGCUGUCUCAUUGUGGAAAUGUUUACUGGGGCGCACCCACAUCCCACGUUAAGCCAGCUCCAGGCCAUCUUUAAGAUUGGUGGUCCUGGUGAAGCCAACCCGGCCAUACCUGAGACCGCGGGAGAUGAUGCUCGUGCUUUCCUCUCGCAGACUUUCCUCAUCGACCACGAGCGGCGUCCAAGCGCCGACGAACUGCUUGCCAGUCCAUUUUGUACCGAACAGGCCUCGUAG